AUGUCUUCACAAAGAUCAAACAUCACGCCAACUGUUCAGAACAUGAACAAUCACUCCCUCCUUCGUCGCAAUGGCGUGCUAAGCUCCACCACCCUCCGUUUGCGCGAUCCACGUGCCAGUUCUCCCUCACGUCCCACCGGAAGCGGUGCUGGACGUCUGUCCCAAAGGGAUCCCCGCUCGCCAACUCCAGAGCGUGAUGACUUCACCACCGAGCCUGUCACUUCUCGAGCCCUCUCUUUGGAGGAGUUGAACCUUUUCAACACCUUGGCCAUGGAUGCUGGGUUAGACCCCGCCAGCAAACAACGUGCGCAAAAACACGCGGAGGUUUAUGGAAGUGUUCAUCAACACAUCGCCCUCGCUGUCGUUCACGCGAAAACUCAGUUCGAGGUUUCCAACCUCAGUCAGAAGAUGGACCGACUCACGGAGAAGCUUGACGAUCUUCUCACUACGGUUAGUGCCCAAACUGCAGCGUUGUCUCCCGCAACUGGAGUCAAUGCACCUGGUUCGGUGCCUUGGGUUUGCUCUCAGGAACUCCAUUCUUAUACGGCUUUGGAGAUGGAUCAUGUUUGGCUCCCUCAAUCCCUCUUCAUCUCGAUUAAAAACCUCAAUCGUUACAAACAUCUCACUUUUUCGAUCAUUCUGUUCUCUUCAUCUUUGGUUGCUCUUUAUCAUCCGCUCUUGUAUUUUGACUUUAAGCAUCAAAUCAAUCAACAAGCCGCGGAUUGGUUGGCUGAGCACCUUCCACACCACGACAACGGUGUGCAGGAUGGGGCUGGUACCAGAGCCUACAACACGUGCAUCAGAAAUGCGUGCAAACACGCACGUGAAAAACUACACAACCUACUUUUAACUGGAAUCUAUGAUGCCAAGACUGGCGAUGUAGUUGAUAAGCCAGUCCCAAGCCUCAAGUCCCUCUGGCAUCGAAUUGCAAACAGGUUUGCCAUCGCUGGCGCGCAUGCCGAUUCAAACUCCUUAUGGGCAGCUACUGAUUCAGCCACACGAGCACGUAUGGCGUACCUCCGCCGUGAGGCCGUCCGUAUUUUCCAGAUUGGAAGAGGAUCAAGCUCAAUCUGGGCUUGUGCUGAUGCCCAACUUAACAAGAUGCGAGUCAAGGGGGAUGACUACACCGCCGCUUUCUUGAAAUAUGUAUACGAUCAAGAUGUUGAGGCCUUUAACUUCAAAAACUACUUCGAAGAGCUGAAGGUCAACUGUGAUUUCAAGUUGCCAAGUGAUGAUGAAGUUGAUGCUAUAAUCGCAGACGAAUGA